AUGCGCAUUUUCGCACCCAACACCGUGGUCGCCAAAUCCCGCUUCUGGUACUUCUUGUCCAAGCUCCGCAAACUGAAGAAAUCCACCGGCGAGGUCGUCUCCUUGAACGUCAUCCACGAGAAGCGGCCCUUGAAGGUCAAGAACUUCGGCAUCUGGAUCCGCUACGAUUCAAGAUCCGGCACCCACAACAUGUACAAGGAGUACAGAGAGAUGAGCCGUACGGACGCGGUCCAGGCAUUGUACCAGGAUAUGGCGGCGAGACAUCGGGCUCGUUUCAGGAGCAUUCACAUCCUCAAGGUCGUCGAGAUCCAGGACGCCAACGACGUCAAGCGACCAUACAUCAAGCAAUUGAUCACGCGCAACCUCAAAUUCCCACUGCCUCACCGCAACAGCAAGUCGAAGAAGCUGUUCACGCCCAAGCGACCCUCUACUUUCGCAUAG